UUUGAAAUUUUGGAUUUGAGUGAGAAAGUCUGGAGGUGAAAGCAGCAGCGUUUAACAUAGAGAGAGGAAUAUCCAAACACGUAACACGACUUGUGUCCUACACUCUCUACCUCUGCGUGUGUGUUAUACGUAUGAACGCUUGGCAGCAGAAGGCCGUGUGUUACUCUCAACGAGGCCCCAGCCCAGUUUCGAUCCAGUCCUCGCCGCCUCGCAUGUUUCUCGUCGACACAUCAGCCACAGGCAAAUUGGUUUCAGUUCACUACAAUCAUAUCAGUAUUUACUCUCGUCUGACUGGCUGCCGGUGCUACUAACGAUACAGAGCAGCCACCCCGGCGACAGAGUCAGAGUAUCGCUUAACACUGUUCUGCUUCAAAACAAAACAGUCUGUUUUAGUUACAAAUAUGUUCUUAAUAACAUAGUUCUGAUUAUUCCAAAGAAACCUCAUGACUUUCUCCAUCUUACAUAUGACGAUGUUGCGCACAAAGAUAUUAACUGCAUGAACAAACCAACCGAGCUACUAAAAACAUACAUUUUGGUGUUUCGAGCUCAUGUCGUGCCGUAUCUCAGGGUCUUCCUGCAGCUCUGCUUCUGUAAUGUUCGUCGUGUUACUCUGUGAAGCUUAAACAGGGAGAAGAUAUUUACAUGUGUAAUGAAUCCUGGCUGUUUUUUCUACAGACCGGUCCAACCCAUCACAUUCAUGUUCCCCGUCAUUAUGUAUAUGACUCAACCGAGGAUACAGUGUGUGUCAUGUGAGCUUAAAGAUACGACUGAACGUCUCGUGGAGAAUGGCAGCUGGUAGAAGCAGGUUUUUUUUUUUUUUUUAAAGCCCCUGAAAUUAUUACAGAGGCGAUUUACCCAAAACACAGAGAAAGACACAGCGUACUGGUGACUAAAAAACACUUAAACUUCUGUCUACUAUUUCAGAAAUAUGGUUAUUCACUUUCCUUCAGGUCUCCAGUCAGCAGCUGGUUAGCUUAGCUUAGCACCAACACUUCAGCUGUUCGAUACAAAGGAAACAAAUGCAGCACGUAGUUUGUUACACAGCACCGUCUCGAACGUCGGCCUUGGUAGAUGUUUGGAAAAGGACAGGCGCUCUCAAAAAACAAAAUACUUGGCAGACAAACCGUCUCUCUCUCAUUUUCCAUCAUGAAAAGCCUUCAGUGUCAUCCUUUGCCCUUCUUUCAAUGAAUUAUAUUCUUUGCUUUAGCAUCAGAACUGGAGACGAACAGGUGCUUCACUCACUGGUCAUCGCACCUGAACAACACCUGUAGCUGUCAGUCUGGUUCAAUCCUCUCUGUAUUAGAUCACAAGCUGAGAGACUGAAGCUUGACAAGUGCCUCACAAAGUAUUGUUCAGUUUUUUGGGGAGGUGUUAAAGCCGCUGCAAGUGUUAUUUUAUUAUUGAAAUACGUAGUAAAUGGCUCUGUGGCUUUUAGCUGUUGUAACUUUGGAAGUUUCAGUCAAGCUUGAACCAACAAAAGUAGAAAUCUAGAUCAUCAGCAGCAGCUGUACAGUGAAGAAACGAGCAUGACAGCAGGAAUCUGGACAAACUAUUCGUAUACAAAGAAAAUUCAAGUGACUCUGUGUAUUUAACCCUGUGAGAGCCACCUCAUGUUCACCCUCUACCAACAAGAAUUAGUGAGCAACAUUAACCUGAUUUAUUUAUCAUUCGUCUUAUUUUACGCUCCACCCUGCUCCUUAUAUAUGUGACUGUGUGCAAACAAGCAGGGUCACUUGUGGCUUCACACCUGCUGAUAUCAUAUUCAAACACUCCGCCGCAGCGCUCAGGAGACGCCGUCAGCUCUUUGAAUUCAGACCGUUUGAGAACAAAAAAAAGGCGGCAGGAUGGCGGCUACUCUGUGUCAGGUGAUGGGCUUCGUGCUGAGUUUGAUCGGGAUAGCGGGGAUAAUUGCGGCGACGGUGAUGGACCAGUGGGCGACGGAGGAUCGCUUCAACAGCGUCGUGACGGCCGUGUACACGUACUCGGGCCUGUGGAGGUCGUGUGUCCGGCAGAGCUCCGGCCUAUCAGAGUGCCGACCAUAUUUCACCAUUCUGGGACUUCCAGCUCUGCUCCAAGCCGUCCGGGCCUUGAUGAUCGUCGGCAUUGUAUUCGGAGUCAUCGGCUGCCUGAUCGCCAUCUUCGCACUGAAGUGUCUGAAAAUGGGGAACAUGGAGGACAACGUCAAAGCCACGAUGACCCUGACAGCCGGGAUCCUCUUCCUUCUCGCAGGUGUGUGCGGCAUCGCUGGGGUGUCCGCCUUCGCCAACUUGAUCGUGCAGAGUUUUCGGUUCACGACGUUCGCCGACGGCGGCUACAAUUUGUUGGGAGGAUCGGAUAUUGGUGGACUCUCAGGAAAUCUGACUCCGAGGUACACUUUCGGCCCCGCUCUGUUCGUGGGCUGGAUCGGUGGAGCGAUCUUGGUCAUCGGCGGUGUCAUGAUGUGUCUGGCCUGCCGCGGGAUGACUCCAGACAAUAAGCAACGGUACGACGGGAUGGCCUACAAAGCCGCCUCUCAACACACCAUCUACAAGUCUGACACCAGAUCCCGUCCAGCCUACAACGACUCCUACAAAGCUCACAGCAUGGAUGGAAGGCAAACCAACCAGAGAUUUGACUACGUGUAGAAUCAGGUCACUCUCACAGAUACCUCUUUUCCUUUCCUGUUGUUUAUUGCCUGCAUUCGUUGGAUGAGUGGUUGUUUUUGUAUUUCUUUGUACUUUUAAUUAGGUAGAAACAUUUAUCGUCUUUGUGAAACAUUGUAACAGCAUCAUAUAAUCCCGAUUUCAACAAAAGAAUGUGAUUUCUAUUUUCUGUGGAUCAGAAUUCAUCACCAUAGCAUGUGACACAAUAUGAAUAUAUAUACAGAUACAUGAUACAUGAUGCUUGUUGUUCUACAAGUUCAAACUUUGACGAACUAUAGCAAAGUGUAGAUUUAUGCGUCACUUAUUUAAAAAUGAUCACACCGCGCAAACAAAAUCUCAUUUGGAGAUUAGCUGCCAGGUUUAACUGCUGCAAAGUUAAUGGAGCUAAUUAUAUAAAUGUUAGCUUGUUAACACAGUAGAAAGUCUUACAGAUUUAAACUGGAGAGGAUGAGAUGUAAUGAAUUUCUGACCUGUGAGCAAAACGUUGUUAGAUAAUGACGUAAACUUUUGUGAAAUUACUUUUAGUUUGGCAAAAAAAAAAAUCAACUCAGUGUAGAAAUUUAAUGUCUCCAUGCAGGCGAUUUUCCCACAGAUGUAUAUAUAUUUCUUUCUUAUAUUUCCUAAUCAUUGUCCACUGUUGAAGCAUCACUGUAUAGUUGCAGCUCGUCUGUGUCCCUUGAUGUGUUAAAAGUCUUUAUGCCUGUGUUAUAGUUUUGUAUUACAAGUUUUAUUCAUUAAAAGCUUUAACCAGGAACAUAAAGUUCCAAUUAGCUACGUCCACAUAGUUUGGGUUGCAUUGUAUUCUGUUGUAACUAUGCUGAAAUGUGUCG